AUGCAUUGGCAUCUAAUCAGUUCAUUUCGUCGAUUCAACACUAACGGAUACAUCGCACAAGUGCUGGAACCUACUGCGAAGGUUAGCAUGGAGAGCAAAGCUAAGGCCGCUAAGGCGAGUACAGACCCAGGCAAGUACAAGCAAAAGUUGUGCUUUGUGCCCGAUGCUGGCGAUCAACCUAAAGUGGAUCCAGAGGAUCACGAAAUAUCGGAAGUUACGCUCUUUCGAUUUCUACUCGACGAAGAGACUUUGAAAGAUUUCAAAGAAGCUGAAGCUGAAAUAGGCCUACCUGAAAUGCCAGACGUUUUAAAAGACCUGGACAAGAAUUCGCAAAUCGCUGAAUUCGAAAUCCACCAAAGCAGCACGGGCAAAGCGAAAGAUUUGAUCCAGGCAUUUCACGUUUUCAUCGUUUUCAAGACGACAUGUAGAAGAGCAGACGAUGAAAACGUUUACUGGUGGUCACUAGAAAAGAACCUAGACUACAUCGUCUUGCAACGAUCCCCCGACAAAAAAAACGUCAAGGACAUGUUGGAUGGCAACCCGCGAAAAAACGUUGAGCUGGUUGUAGAAGGAUUGAAAGGAAAAGGUACGAUCAAGUAUCUUUUUGCAUUACUUUGGGCCCAGCAGAUCAUUCCGGAAAAGUACCAGCACCUCAUGAAAUCCAACUGCCAAUCCUUGGUCACUUUCGUCAGCAAACAAAUUACCGAAGAAGGAUACGAAUACAAGGAGGGUUAUCUUGAGUGUCCCCCUCCUUUCGAAAAUGACCGAAAAACCGAACUGUUUGAUUUAAUCAACGUCCUAACGUUUGUUGUCGAGUCCUGCCAUCCUUUAUUCACUCUAAUUCUUUUAGAAAAUACCCUUCUGUUUGAUGCAAUUACUAAAGGCGGGAAGUGCAACAUGGACAUCACUCAAUACGGACUAACCCUGCUCAACUUUGCGAUUACGUUUUCAAAAACUGAAAUGGUUCGACAUCUUCUAGAAGAUCCAAUGAAUGCCGAUCCAACGACGCCCGAUGGAUCCGGGAUGAACGCACUUCAUUUGGCGGCCAUUGCCACAAAGGAAAUGGAGAUCUUCGAUUUGCUCCUAGCUCAUAGCAAAGUCAAAGUUGACGAUGCAGACGAACACGGACAAACGGCUCUCCAUUUGGCCACUUAUCUAUCUAACGACAUCACUGUUCAAAAAUUAAUAGAAAACGGAGCCAAUCCCAACGUUUUCGACAAAAACGGUACGUCUUCUCUUCAUUUGGCAGCACGGCAAAGAGACGGUAAUGCUAUCAUUGAUCUACUGCUGGAAGCCCAAAAAGUCAAAGGGAUGGGCGACGUGAACGAUCCAAAUGAAAAUGGAGUGACUGCACUUCAUUACGCCGCCUUCAAAUCCAAUGAAAUCACGGCCGAGCAUUUGAUCAAAAAGGGCGCAGACAUCAAUUGUCAAGACAAUGGUGGCAUUACUCCACUUCACGUGGCUGCAUACUUUGCACAGGACAUGAAAAUCAUGAAUUUGUUAUUAGAGAAUAUUAACGAAGGAGAACUUGACCAGUACAAAAAAGACGCAAUGCUUUUACGUAACGCCUACUGUAACAAGCACGAUUUGGGAGACGAAAUUAUGAAACUGUUGGUGGCAAAAGGAAUGGCCAGCGAGGAACAAGUCGAAAAUCCUCAAGUUUUAGAGGAGCUGAAUUCUGCAAAACAACAAGACAAACUACGUCGCUCAAAAUCCAGCAACGAUUACGGACUCGGCGGAGCAAUGGCCAAUCUGAUGGAGAAGAAAGGCGCUGCUAUGGAGGCAGGAACCGACCGGGAAAAACAGCCCAACCGGCACAUUCCAUCAAUGUAUGAAAAGAUUAGAGAAAUAAACAACUUCAAGGCUAAAGUCGGUAGCAUUGCACACGCCAUCGGCGACAAUACAGUCAAAAUGGAGGAUAAAGUCGGUAUGGUAUUUACAAUGACUCUGGUUAAUGCAAUCAUGAAUUCGGACGUGAAAACCGUUCGUGGUCUAUCCGAAGUAAUUGGAGCAGAUAUCAGCACACUGAAAUGGGAGGAACAAAAAUGUAACGCACUCCAUUUGGCAUCGGAAUUCGCAAAGACGACCGAUCUGAUCGACUUCAUUCUGGAAAUUGGAGAAUUCGAAAUCAACGGAGUUGACCUUGACGGAUGGACAGCGCUCCAUUACGCAUUAAUGGGAUCUAAUGCUGCAAUAAAUGCUCGCCAUCUGCUAGAAAAGGGAGCCGAUCCCACCAUUGCUGACAAGAAUGGAAUCACUCCAUUUCAUGUGGCGGCAGAGACUUGUGUUCAAGAAUCCGACAUUCUCGACUUAUUUCUGGUGAAUAACUACAAAUUUGAUAUUGACCACCGAAACCAAUCUGGAAUAACUGCCCUCAACAUAGCAAUUGCAACAUCAAACCUGACUACUUCUCGCCUCCUGUUAUCAAAAGGAGCCAACCCCAACGUCGCUGAUGAAAUUGGACGCACUCCACUUCAUUUGGCGGCCAGUUGUGCAAAAGACUUGGACAUCGUCAAACUACUCCUCAAUCACAAAGACACGAACGUCAACUGUUUAGACAACAAAGAAAACAAUGCGCUACAUUACGCAAAGAUGAACAUGCACGGGCUCGGUGAAAAAAUCGCCAAUCUGUUAAGGGAAAAAAUGGCCGCAAAGGCAGAAGGAGACAAUUACGAACCGAAGAAAAUUGCGACAUCGGUACAAGGUCACAUCAAAGAAGAUCCGAAAAUAGAAAUGAUUCGUUUCUUGAUAGAAAAUGGACAAGAUGUUAGCGUGAUGCCAUGGGGAGAAAACGGAACGAACGCACUUCACAUGGCGACAGCGUAUGCAAAGACGACGGAUCUCAUCGACGCAAUCCUGAAAACGGGAAAGUUCGACAUCAACGGAGUUGACAAAGAUGGAUGGACACCUCUUCAUCACGCAAUAAACGGAUCAGUUUCUACAAAAAAUGUUCCACGUCUGAUUCAACUGGGAGCUGAUCCCAACAUUGCCGACAAGAACGGAAUCACUCCACUGCAUUUGGCGGCAAGGAAUGAAGAGACGACGGAACUCAUCGACAUCAUUCUGAAAACCGGACAAUACAACAUCAACUCAGUUGACAACGACGGAAGGGCGCCACUCCAUUACGCAAUUAAGAAACCCAACCCUGUUACAAUCAAUGCUCGUCGUCUGAUCGAAAUGGGAGCCGACCCUGGCAUCGCUGACAAGAACGGAGUCACCCCUCUUCACAUGGCCGCAAGGAAUGCAGAAUCGAUGGAUCUCAUCGAGCUCCUCCUCAAUACUGAAAUGGUGGACGUGAAUUGUGUCGACAAACAAGGACUUACUCCUCUCGAUUGUGCUAGAGGCAACCAUCACGGAUUGGGCGAGAAGAUUAUCGAUCGUCUGAGGGAAUCUGGCUGUGAUUUUCUGUCGAUAAAAAUCAAGAAAAACGCAAUUUUAGGAAAAGGUCCUUACGGAACCGUUUUUGAAGGAGAAUGGAACGGCAAAAAAGUUGCAGUCAAGCGAAUUGAGAAAACCAAAUGUGAAAAUAACAAAGAAGAUGAGGCUCUGCAAAAGCUUGACCAUCCCAAUGUCGUCAAACUUUAUCACGUUGAAAGCGACAGUGAUUUCAGAUAUUAUGCGCUGGAAUUUUGCCAGGCAUCGCUGGAUCAAAAAUUCUUGGAUAAGACGAACCCGAAAAAAUACUGUGGACCCAUGCCCCCAGAAAAAGAAGUUUUCCGUCAGUUGGCCAAGGGAUUGGCACAUAUUCAUGAAAUGGGAUUGAUCCAUGGAGACCUCAAACCCGAAAACGUUCUCAUCUGGGUGGAUACCACUGGAGAAAAAGUCGUAAUGAAAUGGGCCGAUUUCGGGUUCAGCAAAUUAGUCAACGAAAGAGGAAGUCACUCCAUCAGUGGAUCAAACAGAGGCACCGAUAAUUGGUAUGCCCCUGAAAUAUUGGAAAUCAAAAAUCGAAAAGAAAAAAAUGGAAAAGAUGAAACAGCACAUCAAAGAGGAACGGUCAUGAGCGACGUUUACACCGCGGGACUUGUUUUUGGCUAUUAUCUAUUAGACGGCCAUCUUCCUUUUGUUCGUUCACCUAUAAAUUUUCUACAAAACAUUGUCAAGAAUGAGCCAGUCAAUCUGAGAAAUAUAAAAGAACAUCCCAUGGCCGCUAUCAUCAUGGACAUGUUGAAGACCAAUCCCAACGAGAGGAUUUCAUCGGCCGAUGUUGUUUCAAGAAUUAACAACUUCAACCCUAGUGACAAGAAAAAGCCUUACGCUGCGUUCCUGAUCGACCGACCUUUCAAUAAUCAAGUCCAGGGGAGAGACAGAUUUCAAAUAGCCAUGAUGAACUGUUUGCGCUAUCGCCUUCGGAUUGAACUGAAAUUGGAAAUCAUUACGGAAAAAGACAUCAACAAAAACCAUGAAGGCACUAAUUCUUGGGCAGACGGCGUUUACGAUACGAUGUUGCAACUCAUUGACGAAUUUGACGCGACCGGCAUUGCUGAGAUUUGUCGUCUGUUGCUGGAAAGAAGAGCUGCCAUCCCGCUGUUCGUUCCAGAAUCCAAGAAGCACUAUCUAAACUUGCUAAGGCACGUUACCCUGCCCAGGGUCAACUUUAUCAGUCUGGGUGAUGACAAGUCCUUACUACGCGUCGCUGUCAUUUCCUGCCGACAGAGGGACAAGAGUAGGACUUGCGACAUUCUGAAGAGCGUCUUCCACAUUGACAGCCUCCAUUCCCUCGAUUUGUCAAAGAGAAAUAUCACUUCAGAAAUUAUGUUGGCCGAAAUUGCGUGUGGUUGCAUUGUGACGGAAGGGUCCGGCAACCAAACGAUUCAAAACGUCUUGGUCGCUCACGUCAUUGGAGAUUUCAGGCCACUGUGGUCAUUUCUGCGACGUUUUGCCGAUUGUUUUAUGGUUGAGGAUUCAACUGUCGAGUCGGAGAGUUUCUUCUCUUCAUUUAUGACAGAAGAGAAAAAAAGGGAAAUGGAUUCAGAAGACGCUUCACUCAGAGUGGCGACUAACAAGUCAAUUAAUUGUAUUUGGAAACCGUCGUUGGGCAGGCCGAGUACUAAACGAAAUGAAGUCAAUGGAUUCUCUCAUUUUUACAUCGAAGACGAACUUUCAGACGCAUCUAAAAUUGAAAUAAAAUAUCGAAUUGUUGAGAGCCUAAAGAUAACGGUAGAGCAACCUAAUUUUGCAGCGAAUCGAUGGGAAUUACACAAAAUUCCCAUUUUAGAAGCGGAAGGGUACAGCUCCCUGGGGUGCGUGUCACCGAAAGAAAUUGAGUCGAGAAUUGGACAGUUGGUACAAAAUUUGGCAAAUGUGAAGAAAAACGAAUUUCUGCUUCAGAAAUUAUUUUUGCAAGAAGCGAAACACACAGAGGUCAAAAUGGCCAACCGACUGAAAGAAGAAAUUUGGCGUGACGAAGAAGAAAACAUCAAAGCUAUUCAAAAAAGACGUCGAUAUUCAACCCGUCAGGUUGAAAGUAACAAAUUAAUUCAAUUGUUUCUGAGUUUUCUUGACAACCAAUACCCUUGUUCUCGCGUUUUGUCCAUCCGGAUGAUGGAGAAAGAAUUGGCCACUUGCGGUGAAAAGGAACUUGACCCACUUUUGAAAAAAGUUCAGACGUUGUCAACGUCGUAUUACGAGAAAUUACACAAAGCGGCUGAUGGAAAAGAUCUAGAGUCAGCAAAAGAACAACUUCACGAUGCUAAAUCCAACCUGAUAGAAAGUGCACUCAACAUGGAACAUUUGUGGAGGGAACUGAGUCAUCUCUACACCGACACGGAACCGAAAGAGCGUUCGCCGAUAAUUCAGAAAAUCCCUCAACUGGCAGCUCAGCAUUUACUGGACGGAUUCUGCCUUGAACUACUAGACGGCGAUUCCAAUUUGAUCCACUUGCAAUGGGUGGAAAAAGUUUUACUCCAACUGGGCAAAUUGGUGGAAGGAAAACGCGUCUUCGUCUUGUCCGUCAUGGGCGUUCAGAGCAGCGGCAAAUCGACUUUGCUCAACACAAUGUUCGGCAUCCGAAUGAGGACCAGCGUCGGCCAAUGCACUCGGGGUGUCAACAUGCAGCUGCUGGCCGUCGAGGGCCGUCCCGAGUACGACUACAUUUUACUGCUGGACACGGAAGGGACUCGAUCACCGGAAUAUCACGGCCUAGCCGGCAGCGAAAAACGCGACAAUCAAAUGGCAACUCUGAGCAUUUUAUUGUCGGACGCGACCAUCAUCGUCAUCCCGGGUGAGAACGAUGCGGCCGUCAAGGAGAUUCUGCCGAUCGUUUUAAUGGCCUACCAAGGAUCCCAACUGGCCGAAGACAACGGAGGCCGACUCAGCUCAAGGAUCUUCUUCGUUUACAAUCGGAUCGACACGAAACAGAAAAACAAAUUAGACACCAUCAUUCAAACGCUGGGGACUUCACUCCAUGAAGCUUUCAGUCAAGUUCAAAAUAUGACUGGCAAUUCGAGUAAUUUGAAGUUGGAAAGUCCUUUCGCCAAUUUCAAUCUCACCUCGACCAACUCGUCGUCGCGUAGUGACGUCUGCAUUUUGGGAAACGUCAAUAAACAAACCAAACCUCCAGGGGAUGUACCGGAUGAAGAAUACGGAGAAGAACUCGUCCAAUUUCGGGAACAUAUCCAUCAACGCGUGACAAAGAUCGAAGGCGGUAAAAUGUGGAAAAGUAGAGCCAUCAGCGAAAUUUCCAAUUACAUAAAAAAUGUCUGGAAUUGUAUCUGCUCCGCCAAUUUCACCUUCACUUUUGUCACUGUGAUGGAACAUGCUAUGUUUGACCAAUUGGAUUUCGAGUACAAAAUGAUUGAACGAAAAUUGGCUGAGACUUACGAAAAGUCCUUCAAAAAAGUAAAACAAGAAAUGAUAAAAUCGACCGAAGAAAAAAAAACUUCAGUUCCCUUUAAAGACUUCGAAGACAAACUUCACAAUGAAGUACAUCUUGAUAAAGAGGAAUUAGAUAAAGAUGUGGAUAAUGUGGUGAACAAAAAAGGCCAAGAAAAGUGGGAACUCCAAUUUCAAAAUAUGUGGAAUCGCAACAAGAACUACCAAGAUUUUAAUUGGAGAUUAAAACUGAAAUACGCCUACGAUUCACUGUUCAAUUACGAAAAUCGUGUGGAAGAAUACAAAAAAAAGAUGCGUCAGGAAAUCAACGCAUUUUUCAAGAAUUCAAAAGUUACCGACUGGAAAGAAAGUGAAAAGAAUAACAAAUUUGAAGAAAUGUUCCAAAGAUAUUUGGAUGAAGCGAAUAAAGAAUUUCCUACCACAGACGUACAAGGAGAAAUAAAGAAGGUGUUUCAAAACAGCAGCGUGAUUAAGAAAAAACAAAUUGAAAUAAAAUGGACUGAAACAUUCCUUAUUGAACCUAACCUGCUAGUUGUGAAGAAUAGAGAAGACAAAAUGUCAAGUGGCUUUCAACCGUUGGAUUUGUUUAAACGACAGAUUUUUCGCUUUUUUAAUGGCAACGGCAAUGAGAAAGAAAGGAAGAAACAAAAUUCCAUCAUCAAGUGUGCUGAUUCUGUUAACGCCGCCGUCAACAGAAUCGCAGCUGGGACGUCCUGUUAUGAUGAUUCCAUCGUUUCUCAUGUUAUUCGUGAAAUAGAUUCAAAACUCCGCGAAUGCCACAUUACUGAUAAUUCCGUUGUUCAGAAUAUGUUUCAGUACGGUAUGGUACUUACAGUCCAAUUGAUGGAAAAAGUACAAGAUCAAUGGGGAAAAGAAAACUCGGUGCCUGCGAAACUCAAGUCAAAUAAAGAAAAUCUGCAUGAGCAUUUCAUGAUGGUCUCAAACGGCGUGGCAAAGACUAGCCUGUUUGCUUCUAGCAUGGCAGACAUUUUGGAAGAACAAAUUAUUCCAGCAUUUGAAAAUGAAAUGGUGCAAAAGACGUUUCAAGGAAUUCGAAACGAGCGUUGGCUAUACGACGCCAGAUUCAUGCAAAAGCACAUGGAUCUCCAUUUGAUCGACUUGCUGGAAAGAGAGCAACUCGACCAAGUACUCGAUUAUUUACGUUAUCCUCAGACGUUUUACGCAGACGUUCUCCACCUCUUAAUCGCUCAAAAGGUCCCCAACAUCGACGAUGAAUGGCAAACUUUCAGAUAUCAUUUGAGAAAAGCAAUUAAAAAGGCGGCAGCAGUCGAAGUCGACAAAGAAAAAGCGCAAACUUUUGUUGAUCAUUUACGAAAAGAAUUUUUGGAUGGUUACUUGCAGAGCGAAAUUUUAUUCUCGGCAUUUCGAAUUGACUGCAGUGACGAAUACGAAGACUGCGACAACGAAGAGAAGGAGGAAUUUCAAAAGACCUGCUUGUCAAAAUUGAUUGAAGUGCUAGAAAAGCAAGAGGCUAUUAAAGAUAAAAAAGACUAUUCAAAAGAAUUGAGUCCAAAAGUAGUCCAGCACAUGAAAAAAGUAAACGAUAAGGCAGCAAUGCCUCGAUGCGACGCUUUUUGUCGCAUGUGUAAAAGUCUGUGCAUGGAACCAGCCAAUCACGACACACAAGACAGACCUCAUGAUACAGUCCAUCAACCAGGGGGAGUUGCAGGAUUAUCUUACAUACACACUGAUGACUUGGUUCACACGACAUGCCAACAAUCUUACGAAAAAGACGGUUCAUUUUACCUUGACGGAGAUUUGACUGUCAAGUAUCGAUACAGAGACUAUGCCAAGGUUUUUCCCGGAUGGAAAGAUCCUCGCAUCAACGAAGAAUUGCCAUUGCGUGAAUACAUUUUAGCCACUUACAACAACCAAAUUGCAAAAAAAUACAACAAGAAACCUGCGACGGAAAUUCCCCCAAACUACUCUUCAAGAUUUUUGUCAGACAUCAAAGAAAAACUGGAAAGGGAUAUUGAUGUUUGACGAUGCCAAAGUUUUUAUCACGUUUCUUCUUUGCUUUAUUAAUUUUUAAAAACUUUCAACGGGGAUUUCAUACUAAAAAGAGCUUGGGACUUAGGUAUCUAUACACUUCGGCGUUAUUAUAAAAGUGUUUGUUCUUUAUUUCGCUGAUACUGUAAUAAACUAGUCGUUAGUUGACUUGA